AAUGCGUAUCAGUGGAUCUCUGAUAUCUCCGUGUGACAGGACGGACGAUCCGGACGGCCCGUGUGUAGAGAGACGUCGCCGCUGUCUGAAGACGAGAGUCCGGCCACCGUCAGGUUCAUCAAGAUGAGCUGCAAGUACUUCACCGAUGGCAUGGGAGUUGUGGGAGGAGUGCUGAUCAUAACGCCCAACAACAUCAUGUUUGACCCGCACAAAUCUGACCCGCUGGUGAUCGAGAACGGCUGUGAGGAGUACGGUCUCAUCUGUCCCAUGGAGGAGGUGCUGUCUGUGGCCCUGUAUGAUGACGUGUCCCGUAUGAAGCUCAAGGACGCGCUGCCGUCUGAUGAACCCCAGGAUCUCUGUCCGUUAUACAGGCCGGGCGAGUGGGAGGAGCUUCCCUCCGAACGAGAUCUGAACCCCUUUAGUCGUUACGAAACUCUCGGAGCGCCCAACCGGCCAAUCGUGUUAGACGAUAUCGAAACGGCCAUCUCUGAGAUAUCAGAGUGCCAAAUCGCUGACAACUCACCGUCGGACGAAGGUUUCACCGAACUGGAGCUGAUGCAGAGCGACUCUAACACCACCUGCUCCGGCCAGGAGGGGGCGCCACCACAGGAGCAAAGAAAGGUGCCAACGGACCAAUCCGUGAGGUCGUAUCGUGCUGAGGAAGACGAAGAUGAAGGCCUCCACAACCGUUCCACAGAUGACAACGCAGAGCUUCCCGACAGGCUGGUGCAUGAUGGGAAGGAAGCUGUCAUAGAAGUGGACGAGGUGACCAAAACAAGGGGUGAAACGUUAGUAAAUGGAGUCUCGGCAAUCGAGGCGACCGCAAGCGACCAAAAAGGGAAGACGACCCCAGAGGACUCUGGGAAAUGUAGUUGGCCUGAACCAAAUGUUGAGGAUAAUAAGGGACCAAACUCGGACGUAGAGCUUUCUGAAGCGCAGCUGCGCAGACGGGCCAGUGAGGCCGAGAUGAAGUCAUGGCUGCUGAAAAGAAUGCAGAGACCAAUCGAAGACAUGCUGCUGUCCAACGAAGAAAAGAGCAAAGCUCCGCCCAUGUUCCUCUGCUUUAAGGUGGGGAAACCAAUGAGGAAGUCCUUCGCCACUGGUCGGACGUCUAGCCCCGCCCACUCGUACAUCGGCAGAGGGCGGCAACCAGAAUAUUGGUUUGCUGUGCCUCAAGAGAGAGUGGACCACCUGUACUCGUUCUUCAUCCAGUGGUCUCCAGACACUUAUGGGAAAGACGCUCAGGAGCAGGGCUUUGUAGUUGUGGAGAAAGAUGAGCUCACCAUGAUCGAUAACUUCUUUAGUGACCCGGUUCCUCGCAGCUGGGAGAUCAUCACGAUUAAUGAGGCCAAGAGACGCCAGAGCUUUAGCUUCGAGGACGAGGAACCUAUAGAUCUUCUUCCCGUUCUGAUGGACACCAGUGCUCUUCUGGAGGACACGCACAUUGAGAAGUUGUCCACUCGUUUGCCGGCCCGUGUUCAGGGCUAUCCGUGGCGUCUGGUCUACAGUACAGUGGUACACGGAACCAGCCUGAAAACCCUGUAUAGGAACCUGAUGGAGCUGGACUGCCCUGUGCUGAUGGUCAUCAAAGACAUGAACAACCAGAUUUUUGGAGCGUUUUCCACUCACCCUUUCCGAGUGAGUGAGUACUGUUAUGGUACAGGAGAGACCUUCCUCUACAGCUUCUGCCCAGAGAUCAAGGUUUACCGCUGGACGGGUGAAAACUCAUACUUUGUGAAAGGAAACACGGAUUCCCUUCAGAUCGGUGGAGGAGGGGGUCAUCUGGGCCUGUGGCUGGACGCCGGCCUUUACUACGGCACCACGUCCAAAUGCUCCACCUUCAACAACCUGCCACUGUCUUCCAAACAGGACUUUACCAUCCAAAAUCUGGAGGUGUGGGCCUUCGAAUGAGCGCCGCACGCUAACGUAGCCAUGCGCACCAAGAGACCCGCCACACUCACGGCAUGAUGAUAUACGAAGAACCUACUUGAUGCUUUAUUCCCGUACUCUAUGAGGCUGUUCGAGUGAAUCCAGUCCUACUUGACCACGUGGUUUUACUUGGUUUCUUCUAGUCUGACUAGAUCGCAGAGAGAGAAGUUCGUGGCAGCGAUGCCGCCCACAGCUAUCCCAGCAUGCAAUAUUCUCAAGAGAUGUUCUCCUGCUGAAAUAUAACCAAUAUAUAAACACAUACGUGUCUGUGAACGGCGAGGGCUGUGUAUGAUAUUUGGGAAGCCGAAAACAUAUACGGUGGCCAAAUCUGUUGCUUCAAGGCCAUUUCCUCGAAUCGUAUUCUUGGUUUACAUCGUGGCGAUUUGAUGCGUUUAAUUGGUGUAUUUUCGCGCAAGUAAAUGCAAAUAUGUCCACGAAUUGGUUUUGUUGACCAAAGCAUUUUAUUUGCCUUGUUCUCCAAUGUUUUAUAUUUCUUUUUUUUUUGUGUGUGUGUGUGUUUUUAUUGGACGUGAUAUAUAAUCAAAUUCCUACGUGAUAAUUGUUUUACUGUUUUGUGAAAUUUUAGGGACCUUUUCUUGUUCAUUCGAAAGGGAAGCACUUGAAAUUAUGCCAGUAUUACUCGUGAACACUAUGGUAAUCGCACGCCUGAUUUCAUUAACCGAGUUGCAUCAGUUUCUGGCACAUCAGGUUCACCACUUCACUGUGGGUUUGUGUAUGCAAUCACUGAGCGAUGUCACUUCCUGUUAUUUGGUAGCACGACUGUAUAAGGAAAGCGUGAAAAGACGCACGGUGCAAAGUCCAUUCUUGCUGUUGGAGGCUUGAUCGGUUGCACAGCUCUUUAAAAGCAUCCGCUCGUUCACUACUUGACCACUUCAAGGGUAUUAACUAACCGUGUCCAUUCCAAAUCCGCAUUACAUGGUCCAUUAGGAAAAAAAAAAAGUUUACAAGUGUUUUAAAGUGUCUCUGAUUUCAAACACUGUCCAGGUGUGUAUGGUAACCAGUGAAUGUCAUAUUUAUUGUGUAUUCCUGUCUUUUAAAGUGAACCAAAUAAAUGCAAUAAAUGAA